CAGUAACAUUGAGAACAUGUUCAUGAUGGCACUACCCUGGCUGUUAGUUUUGGAGCUUGUCCUUUAUGCUGGAUGUUUCAUCUGUGGGGUAAUAGCUGCAGCCUGGCUGACGCUCACUCAGGGCCACUUUGACGGACAGUGCAUUCUCUAUGGAAGUGUUCUCUAUAAUGUUUCUGGCGAGAGUCUGAUGCUAGAGGGCUCCAGUUCUUCAUCCAUCUGCUAUUUUGUAUCAGCCAUCGCUGUGUGUAUGGCCAUUUACUGCUUUUCUAUUAUUCUGUACUGGAUCUAUGCCAGCUGUGUAGAUGACAAUGUGAGAAGGGGGACUGGUUCUCUCAACACGUCUAUAGGAGUCUGUGGCCUUCUUCUGUUUUUUCUCUUGGUAUCAGGGUGUAUUCUUAAGACCGGUAGAGACAGCCUGUGUUCCUCUGUCCUACACAAUGUUCCUUCCAUUUCCAGUUGUGAAGAUGCAGAGAAUAAGACCUGGGCUUCUCCCUACGAUGGAAAUCAGUUUUACACAGGACUGAACAACACUGAGAGGUCUUUGUGGGUAAGCUUCUUCUUCUGGGUGUUAAUAACUGCAGUGGUGAUCAUUCAGAGACGGCAGAACUCAAGGUUGAAGGUUUGGGGUGAUGAUGAGUGGAGUCGUGCUGAGACAGAGCCUUUUCUGCACCGCCCGUCUCACGCUUAGGAUCAGCAUAAAAUAU